CGUGUUAUGUCUUAUUCUCCACGUUGACUUGAACGUGAAAGAAAUACUAUCUACCUGAUGAUGAGAUCUAUAAGUAGGUAAUGUGACCUCCCCUGGGGAACAGUACCCUGGGUUGUCUGAGUGACGGUGCGGUAUACACAGAGGUCGCGCCCCGUCACGGUGUUGUCUACAGCCUGUACCUGCUUAUUCAGACUUCUGGGAUUGCUGUAUGUACCCCGUAAGUCGUAUAGAACUAGGGAUAAUACAAGUGGCUCCGUGUACUCGUCGUAAAGGUUGCAAGCUUUCGGUGUCAACAUUCACGACAAGGAACCCAUAUAGCACCAGGUCACAGAAGAUGUACAGGCGACUUGUCGACGCGCUCUUUGUGGUUCUAGUUAUCUCCGCUGCAUUUGUCUGCGGUCAGCGAACUGCAACUCCGGUCCAACCGGAAGGGGGCGCCACGACACCGUCAGGUCAGGUCAUUGUCCUACAGGCCGAACGUGGACGUGUAGGACAUCUUAGUAGUCCUGGGUUUCCAGACAACUACCCAAUUAGGAGAAGUAUAAUGUGGAGACUUGAAAGUACCUCAUAUGAUGAUGUGGUGCACUUGGCGUUCGACCAUUUUGAUCUGGAGAGGCCAACCUGGAGAGGGAAUUGUUCCUACGACUCUGUCACCGUGUACGACGAUACCGAAAUGAAUAUUUUGAAAGGCAGGUUCUGUGGAAAAAAGCUGCCACCUGAGAUGGAGUCAACCUCCACCGUGCUGACGGUAGUUUUUAUGUCAGAUGCGAGGGUGACACGGUCUGGAUUCUCUGCACGAUACUGGGCAACAGAGAGUACAGGAUUAAUCGAAGACCUGGUUCCUGCUCUGGCUUCUGGCCAUUUCAUUGAGGUCCCAAUGCCCAUCCCCGAUGAGUUUUAUGACUAUUGCAGAGACCUGGACUUCGAACGGGUGACGAUCCCCAACUUUUACGGCCACGAAAGUGCUGAUGAGAUUCUGACUUCGCGGCAAUGGCAGGAGAUGACGACUGUAGACACUUCGUGUCAUCCACAAAUCCAGCCGUUUUUGUGUUCAUUGCUGAUGCCCCAGUUUGCAAUACUUAUGAGUAGGAAAAAGCUACCCUGUCAGUCAUGGUGCAGGGAAGUACGACUCUCCUGCUCAUCUGCAGCCACCAACGGAUCUUUGUUUGAUGACAUUGACUGUACGAGUCUUCCAACCGCUGGAUGCGUCAACUUGGAACCUUCUGAAGAUUGCUACUACGGUAACGGAGAAAACUACAGAGGAAUGGGUACUCUACCGGAAGAAAGUGGACAGACGUGCCUUAAUUGGACAGACGUGCUGGGGCCAGUAAAGACGCGCUUCGAUUGGGCAGAUCCACAGGAGAACUACUGUCGGACUAUCUGGUCAGACACAUACCCAGAGCCCUUCUGUUUUGUGACGAGGGUUUGGGAUGGACAAGAAUACACCUUUCCUGAGCCAUGUGGAUUAAAGCCUUGUGAUGAACCCGGUUGCGGGCCCCCUCCUAAUGUAGAAUCGGGAAGCAGAAGUCCGAUUCAGAAUUUCUACAGGGUGGGGGAAAAGGUUUUCAUCAGCUGUGACGUAGGGUACGUCAUUGAGCAGGAGGAAGAGGACAUGUGGAUAACCUGCACUGAAGAUGGCACAUGGAGCAAGGAAAACCUACGGUGUUCAGUUGACCACAGGUUGGAGCUUGCUAAUACGCUGCUUGCUAAGGAUCGUUACUCUCCGCAACUGGCCCCUAGCAGGGAUCAGGUCAGGGUCAUUUUUGAAGCUGCCGUGGUGGAGAUAAUAGACGCCGACGAAAAGAACGAGAACAUGUUCGCAUCGAUUGCUUUCCGACUGCGAUGGAAAGACAACCGUUUGUCCUGGACCCCCACAAAGUAUGGCAGAGUCUCAGAGCUUGUUGUGACAACGAAGGACGUCUGGAUCCCAAAAGUUUACCUCAGACGAAAUGGUGACGCUAAAUUUAGCGACUUCCCAGAAGCGCCUGUGACAGUGACCAGCGAUGGGCUUGUGGAGUGGGACAUCAUAGAUCUCUUAACAACAACGUGUGAUCUCGAACCAGUGCUGUUUCCUUUUGAUUCCAUGGAUUGCCCUGUGUGUCUGGGAGCAAAUACCCGUGUGGAGAGGUUCUCCUGCCCGGGAAUCCGUGACAACACGUCUGGUACUGAUGAGCCCCAGUCCCACAUCGAGAAUUUCAUGGGGUGUGGGGAGGUGGCUGUGGACGUUGCCGACCAGUGGAACGCACGAUGGACGAUCGACGUGGACGAGGGCGUAUUUGGUGCAGGCUGCAUCAACAUGCAGUUUCACCGCAUCCCGACGUUCCACUUCUGUACCACACUGUCGCCUGUCAUCAUCCUCACACUGCUCAUGUGUAUCACCUUUGUGCUGCCGAUUGAGAAGGGAGAUCGUCUUUCCUACGGGAUGACGAUUUUGUUGUCCAUGGUGGUCUCUCUGGUCUUCAUCACAGAUGUUCUGCCGGCCAAGGGUACUAUGCCUGUUGUAGCGCUGCUGAUUGUCGUGUACAUGUGCAUGAUGGGAUUUUUCCUGAUCGUCACCGUCAUAGUCAUCAGGAUCAGCUCCAGGGACAAAGACCUGCCACCCCUUGUGAAGAAGGUGUUUCUCCGGCAUGUCGCACGGCUGGUGUUCCUGGGGGACCUCACCCAGACUAAACACGGCCACACCGUCCUGGAAGUGGAAGUAGACAGCUUUGAGAUGGGGAAAGGCACGAUGGGAAAUGACAGUAAACCAGCCGAAGCUGAUCCAAAACACCUUCUUGAAGUGCUGCAGUCUCUUAAGGAGUCCGUCAAUGGCCUCAGUAACGCCGUGGAGUCCCUUGCGAUCUCAGCCCCACCCAAGACCACCGAGACGACGGAUGAUGAGGGACCUAAGACGGACUACAGCAAACUUGCUAAGGUCCUAGACCGUCUCUGUCUCACAUUGUUAGGCAAGUUACUCCGACUUAGAACCGCGGUCUUUGCGGUCCUGCUUAUCUCCGUCGCAUUUGUCUGCGGUCAGCAAACUGCAACUCCACCCCGACCGACAGGGGGCACCACAACCCCGUCAGAACAGGUCAAUGUCCUACAGGCCGAACGUGGACGUGUAGGAAAUUUCAGUACGCCUGGGUUUCCAGACAACUACCCAAACAAUACAAAUAGAACGUGGAGGAUUGAAGCUACUUUGCCUGAUGAUGUGGUAUACUUGACGUUCGACCAUUUUGAUCUGGAAAGGCCCAACUUUAGCGGGAAUUGUUCCUGGGACUCUGUUGCUGUGUAUGACCAUAACAACGAUUUGAUAGGGAAAACGCUCUGUGGGGAGAAACUGCCUAAGACCAACUACACUUCCCGCGACCUGUCGGUAGUUUUCAUAUCGGAUGCGAAGGUGACAAGGUCUGGAUUCUCCGCAACUUACUGGGCUUCAUUAGGUACGGGAGAUUCUCUGGACCUGGUUGCUUCCGUGACUUCUGGCCGUAUCCAUGAGGUCCCGGUUCCUGUCCCCGAUGAGUUUUAUAACUAUUGCAAAGACCUGGACUUCAAAGAGAUAACGAUCCCCAACUUUUACAAUCAAUCAAGUGUUGAGGAGAUUCUGGCUUCGCGGCAAUGGCAGGAAAUGACGACUGUCAACUCUUCGUGUCAUCCGCAAAUCCAACCUUUUUUGUGUUCACUGUUAAUGCCCCAGUUUUCACAAAAUGUGAGUACGAAACUACUACCCUGUCAGUCAUGGUGCCAUGAGGUUCGAUUCUCCUGCUCAUCUGGAGCCACCACCGGAUCUUUGUUUGAUGACAUCCUCUGUACGAGUCUUCCUACCGCUGAAUGUGUCAACUUGGAACCUCCCGAAGAUUGCUAUUACGGUAACGGACAAAACUACAAAGGAAUGGGGACUUUACCGAAGGACGGCGAAAAGUGCCUUGAUUGGAACAAGGUAGUAAACAAGAUGUAUUUCAAGCAACACGUCGAAUGGGCAGAUCUACAGGAGAACUACUGCCGGAAUAUCUUUGUCGCAUCCAGAUGGUCAGAACCCUUCUGUCAUGUGGAGGACCCGUAUAGAAAAAAUCUUUUUCACGGCGUGAUUGCUUUCGUCAUUGAGCCAUGUGGUUUAAAGCCUUGUCAUGAAAACGGUUGCAGCCUAUCUGCUGUGAAUGUGAGAUCGGGAAGACUAAGUCCAAGUCGGAAUUUCUACAGGGUGGGAGAAAAGGUUUUCAUCAGCUGCGAUGCAGGCUACUUCAUGGAGAAGGAGGAGGACAUGUGGAUAACAUGCACUGAAAACGGCAGAUGGAGCAAGAACUGGUUAGAGUGUUCUGUUGACUACGAGUUGAAACUAAGUAAUACGCUGCUUGAUUCGGAACGCUACUCUCCGCAAUUGGCCCCUAGCAGGGAACAUGUCGAAGUCAUUUUUGAAGCUGCUGUGGUGGAGAUAAUCGACGCCGACGAGAAGAACGAGAACAUGUUCGCAUCGAUCGCUUUCAGGCUGCAAUGGAAGGACGGCCGUCUGUCUUGGAACCCCACAGACUACGGCGACGGGAAAGAGAUUGUUGUGAGCUCGAAGAAAGUUUGGACCCCCGACAUUUAUCUCCGGCGAAAUGGCGACCCUAAAUUUAGCGACUUCCCCGAUGCACGUGUCACAAUCAACAGCGAUGGGUUGGUGAAGUGGGACAUCAUAGAUCUCUUAACAACAACGUGUGAUCUCGAACCAGCGCUGUUUCCUUUUGAUUCCAUGGAGUGUCCUGUGUGUCUGGGAGCAAAUACACGUGUGGAGAGGUUCUCCUGCGCGGAAACCCGUGACAACACGUCUGUUGAUGAGCAAAAGUCCCCCAUCGAAAAUUUCAUGAUUUGUGGGGAUGAGGAUGAGGAUGUGGUGGAUCAGUGGAAGGCACGAUGGACGAUUAAUGUACACGAAGGCGAAUUCGGCAAAGGUUGCAUCAACGUCCAGUUUGACCGCCUGCCGACGUUCCACUUCUGUACCACCCUGUCACCGCCCAUCAUUCUGUCUCUGCUCAUGUGUAUCACAUUUCUACUGCCGACUGAGAAGGGAGAUCGUCUUUCCUUCGGGAUGACGAUUCUGCUGUCCAUGGUGGUCUCUCUGGUCUUUAUCACAGAUGUUCUGCCGGCCAAGGGUUCUAUGCCUGUUGCAGCUGUGCUGAUCAUCGUGUACAUGUGCCUGAUGGGUGUGUUCCUCAUCGCCACCGUAAUAAACAUCAGGGUCAGCUCAAUGAAAAGAGAGCUCCACCCUCUUCUGAAGAAGGUGUUUCUCGUGUAUGUCGCUCGGCUCGUGCUCCUGGGGGACCUCACCCAGACAGAAGAUGGCCCCACACCUCGGAAAGUAGAAGAGGACAAAUCUGAGAUGGUGACUGACAUAACCGAAAAUGACACUAAACCAGCCGAAGUUGAGCCAAGCCAACUGAGGACAAAACAAGUCCUGAUGUCUCUUAAGGAGUCCGUGAAUGACCUUAGUACCGCCGUGGAGGCCAUGUCCACUAAGCCGUCGGGAGUAGGGAAGCCGGAUUGCAAGAAGCUCGCUCGGGUGUUUGACCGUAUCUGUUUCAUCUUGUAUGUGUCAGGUCUAAUCAUUGCGAUUCCUAUCGUGAGGUAUGCCGCUAGCGAGAACUAG